AAAGACCAGGAAACAUUAUUAUUUUAAUUUUUUACAUGUAUUUAACCCCUUAUUUUUGGCACUAAACAUUCUCCUUGUGUACUUCCAUUCAUCUUUUCAACUGGUACCAGGGAACAUUCAGACGAGUCUUGUGAGGCCUGUGGGCGUCCUAGAGGAAAACAACCGACAUGUACGUGUUUGUGAGAGUCUCACCUUUACACAGAGGGGUGGCAGGCUCUACUGUCUCUCAGGUUGGGCCAGAUCUCUUGGCUGGACUUUCUCAAUGAUAAUUGCACAUGUAGACAUGUUAGCUCAGUGAACAAACACAACCCUUUAACCCAAUUCAUCAAUGUUUUCAAGGACAUUGACCUCAACAUGUUGCUAUACUUAUGGACAGACUGGCAUGAGGCAUCUAAGAACAACAUCCCAGAAACAAUGAGCACCAAUGUCAGGGGAGCACAGUGACAGGAGCACAGGUCACGUGACGUCAAAUCAGGCUUAUCAGGCAGUAAUCACUGACUUCUUAUCAUACCAGUCUCCGUCAGCCGUACAGUUCUGACCUCAAUGUUUCCACGCUUUCAUGAUCACAUGCACCAUACCCAGUAGCACACUUCAUACCCUCUCACCCAUCUGGGAGCCCUGACAUAGCCUGGGCAGUGGAAAGACUCAUCACCCAGGACACCAUUGGACACCCCGCCCUUCAGAGAUGACCGGUACCCAGCUCCUAAACUACCCUACCACAGACUCUCCCUUCAGCUCUCCCAGCUCCCACUCUAUUCAGCUCCAUUCAGCUGCCAUGACAUCCCCAGUCCCCCCUCUUUCCCGGGCCGCCUCGGUCCCAUCGCCGCAGCUCCCUCCGGCCCUGUGGCCCCCGCUGGACUUUGCCUUGGGUGCGCUGUCGUGCUGCGGGGCCUGUGUGUUCACUAACCCCCUGGAGGUGGUGAAGACGCGACUGCAGCUGCAGGGAGAGCUGCGGGCGCGGGGGACCUACCAGCGGCACUACCGCGGGGUGGUCCAGGCCCUAUGGGUGGUGGGUAGGACAGACGGGCUCCGCGGGCUGCAGAAGGGGCUCUCGGCUGGGCUGAUGUACCAGGGUUUGAUGAACGGUGUGAGGCUGGGCUUCUACUCCUACUGUGAUGCUGUGGGGGUCACUGCAGCCCCUGGAGGGAGUCUGAUGUCAGGAGCCAUGGCCGGGGCUCUGGGGGCCUUCAUCGCCUCUCCUGCCUAUCUGGUGAAGACACAUCUGCAGGCCCAGACAGUUGAGGCCAUCGCAGUGGGUCACCAGCACAACCAUCAGGGGUUGUCGAGUGCCUUUGCCAAUAUCUACCGGCGGGAGGGCGUGGUGGGUCUGUGGAGGGGUGUGAACGGUGCUGUGCCUCGAGUCAUGGUGGGAUCAGCCGCCCAAUUGGCCACCUUCAGCUCCGCCAAGGAAUGGGUGGCACGCCUGCAGUGGUACAGUCCAAACAGCUGGCUGGUUGCCUUGACAGCUGCCUGUAUCAGUGGAGUUGUGGUGGCGAUCACCAUGACGCCGUUUGAUGUUAUCAGCACCCGCCUCUACAACCAGCCAGUGGAUGAGCGUCAUAGGGGUCGUCUGUACCUGGGCUUCUCAGACUGUCUGGUGAAGGUGUGCCGGACCGAGGGUCUGCUGGGGCUGUAUAAAGGCAUGGGCCCUGUAUUCUUCCGCCUGUGCCCUCACACUGUUCUCAGCAUGCUCUUCUGGGACCUGAUGAGACAACGGGCCUUUCAGGACGUCCAGAACCAGAGCUGUAGAGAAGAGGAUAUUCAGCCAAUCCUGGAUGACAAUGGAAGUUGAAUUAAAAAAGACUUCUUCAUUACGUUUCGACCUGUUGCCUUCGUCAGAGCCGGAGCUGAGACAUAAGGCCUCAUACUGUACAUGGACAGAGUUGAGGUGUAAUAAUUGACAGGUCCAUUGGUGGAGAGAAGGAGAGACGAUGAGGAGUAGACGCUCUUGAUUCCACAGAAUAUACUUGUGCUCACUCAGUGGUUGACAGGAAGGAUACAUAAUAGCUUGACAUAUAUCACUUGACUUGACUUAAACAACUUGAUCCAUCUCCGGUUUAUUUUAUAGACACUUCAAGUUGCUGGACGGUGAUGUUGAAGGAGGAUAUGGAAGAUGAGGCUCACUCCAUGCCUAAGCCUUAAAGGGGCAAUCUGAAGUUUCUAUAUACAUUUUUGGACUUAUGAAUGAUAUGUACCCAUUGAUUCUUAAAGAAUAUAACUUAGAAUUGCCUCAUGAGCUUAGUUCAACUGUCCUACCCCAUCAGAACCCAAAAUAUAAGCUUGUUUUACUCCAGUGUUUGUAAACAAAUUGUAAAUGCAAACAAAAACAUGGUUAAAACUAUAAUUUUGAUAUCAUGGAUGGUCAGUCCUUGCAUCCAUAGCUCUGUCUAUGAAUUUCACCCCAUCCCUCAACUUUUGCCAAAACAGGGGUGGGGAGUCUCUUUAAAAAUUGUUUUAUUCAACUGCUGAUUGCCACUAUAAGGUCAAAAGUAAAACUGUGCACAAGAAGGCCCAUUAUUGAUGAAGCAAGACUAAGGUUGGUCGGAUCAACAAUUCUGUGUAAUAUGUGCCUUUUAGUCUGGGUUAGUGACCUAGAUAAUUUUGAGGCAACAGUUUUACUGAUAUGUUUGUUGUUUCCAUGUAAUGUGUGAAAAUAACAAUGCCUUGACUUGUGCAUGUCUGAAGAUUAGAAAAAUGUAAGAUAACUUGAACUAACUGAAGUAUAUGUAUAAUUGUUAUUUUGAAUUGCUAUUAAUAAAGACAUUUCUACUUUAAAA